AUGGACGCGCGAUGCCAGUGCGGCUCCGUCGCCUUCAAGACGCCCCUGCCCGAGCCUCUCGCUCUCUACAUCUGCCAUUGCGCCGAGUGCCGUCGCCAGACCAGCUCCGCCUUCGGCACGUCGGCCAUCUUCCCGCGGUUCAAGCUGCCCGAUAGCGAUCUGCUGAGCUGCUACGCUCGACCGACCCCGUCCGGACAAACGCUGUAUUGUUACUUCUGUCGCAACUGCGGGACCCGCCUCUUUCACACAACACCGGCCAAGAACGUCGUCUCCGUCAAGGGCGGCUGCAUUGAGGGUCUCGAUUGGAAAAAGGCCAUCCACCUCUGGACCAAGAGCGCCAUGGUGCCCAUCCCGGAGGGCUCCGAGACGCACUCCGAGACCAGUGGCAGCAGCACCGAUUACGGCCCCUCGCAAGAAGUACUAGAUCAGCCGGAUGAUGUGCCCGAUUCACCUGGCGCGCUCAUGGGAAGCGGCGGCUGCUGA